AUGGCUUUAGGACCAGCUGAUAUUGGACUUCAACAUGUAUAUGAUCAACUAGCACAAUCCUAUAUUGGAUUUGAACAAUAUGAACAAGAAUAUAAUAAUACUAAUAAUAUAUCAACAAAUAAUUCUUCAGUAAAUACAAAUCAUAAUUCAAGUUUACCAAUUCAAAGAAAUAAUGUCUUAUCGUCUAAUUCUCCAUCAAAUAUUGCGAAAACAAUGACAUAUUCUCGUUAUGCAUCAACAUCAAAUGGAAAUUCUCAAUUUCCAAUAAAACGUCUUUUCACUCCAUUUCUAUCUAGUGUUUAUACUGAAAUUGAUACAAUAUGGUUUCGAAAAAAAUGGUUAAUAUUCAGUGAUAAUCGUAAAGAAACAUUUUUAACAUUACGUUCAGAUAUAUCAGACUAUUUAACUGUACAAAUGGCAAUCGAUCAAAAUUGUUUUAUAAACAGUAAACUACCUCUUCUUAAUCAGCCUGAAUGUUUACUUAUUCGAACAGAAGGCAAUAAUAAAAGUUUAUUUUUACCUAAUUCAAUUAUUUCAUUUGGAAAUUUUUUUGAUCGAAAUAAACAAUUAUCUCAAGCAAAAUUAAUUGCUAUUAUAUGUGAGUCAGAUAAGAUGAAGAAUAAAUUAAUGUUUUAUAAACAUUCUGCAACAAAUCAUUGGUAUAUUCUAAAUAAUGAUCUGAUAAAUCCAUCACAAUCAUUUUCAAAUAUUUUAUCGAAUGAAGAACAACUUCAACUUGAAUCAUUGUUGAAACAAAAUAAUCAUAGAAAGUUUAUUCAUCCAUCUGAAUUAGAUCGUCCGUUAUCUGCUUUAUGCUAUCAUCCUAUUACUUAUAUAUAUCUUGUACAGAAAAUCAAUGAUGAAAAUUAG